GUUUGUUUACAAUUUAAUUCAGUAUGUUGAUGUCUUGUUUGAUGGUUGUAAAUAUUUUUAAAUUAAAUCGCUAAGUAGAAAUAAGUAAAUGUCUAUCUUAAAAUAAAUACUUAAGCAAAGUCAUAAUUAAUUUGACCAGUCUAAAUAUCCAAGAAGUUGUGUUUUACAUACCUGCGAUAAUCUUCCUGUUGGUGAUCAUUCAGUAUUAUUCUACGGCAAUAAAACGGCUGUUUGUGCUGAAUCAAUCAAAGGAGUUUGUUAUAUGAAGGAUUAAAAAUUAGGAACUUAGUGUGCAGUGUAAGUUCAAGGCUCCCUAUGGCUGUAAACGUUACAUAUGGCUCCCUAUGGCUUUAAACGUUACAUAUGGUGUUGCAUUGUUUGUAACUUAUAAAUCUGUUUAAAUAGAGGAUUUUAGAGAAAGAAGACUACUCCUGCUAAUUCCUAAUUGUAUAAUUAAACUGUUAAGCUAUUUAUGUAAAACUACUUGAGCAUUUACAGUGUGUAGAGUAAACCCUGUCUUAUAUCUGACUUGUGCCUACAUAUCAUAGCAUGCCCCCUUUUAAAACUAUCUGGAUAUUUGAGUAUGUUUUUAUUUUUUUAUUCAUGGCAAUCUACUGUAUCCAUAUUUUGUAAGUAUUUUUUUUUGUAUUGGAUGAGGACUGAAAGAAACAAAAAGACUGAACAACUCAAGGGGUUCACUGAUAUUGUUUUAUUGAUAAAAACGAUUACAUUACUAUUAAGAAAUGUUCUUGCAUUUAAAAUUAGUCAUCUGGGCUAUCAGUAGCAGUAGCCAUAUCUAUGGUGAGAAAAUAAAUAAUCAAGAGCUGCCACUUUAUAUUACAAAAAUGAAUGCUGCUGUGAAUAUAGGUGUGGAAGAUACAACUGCCACAUUAGUGAGAUAUGGUUUAUAUUUGGGUGCUCUCUUCCAAAUAAUUUGCUUGCUUGCAUGCAUUAUUUUGCCAGAAUCAGUAGAAGAUGGCUCUAGUUGGAGCACCAAAGGUGACACCGAUGAUGAUAGCUCAGAACAUAGUACUCCUCAGAACACCCCCAGGCGACCAUACCACAGGGUCCGAAAACAAGACAAGAAAAAGAGGCGUUAAUUACAUUUAGAAUAAAUUUAAAUAAUGUAUGUAUUUGUUUCAUGUAUUUCAUAAAAUUUGCUUUGCAUUGUAGUUUAUUUAAAUACAUUCCAGAUGUGAGCUAAAAAGUGUUACUUUUUUUACCUUUUAAGAACCACAAAUUU